AUGGAACUCAACCGAGAACAUUUUCGCGCCAUAAUUUAUUACAACUUUCAGAGACAAUCAUCGCAACAAGAAUGCCUUCCUGAGUUACUGUCUGUUUUCGGCAACGAAGCUCCACAUCAGUCGACAAUUUCCCGUUGGUAUGGGGAAUGCAAACGUGAAUGGGUGAAUCUUAGCGACGAUCCCAGGGUGGGUGCACCAAAAACGGCAGUCACCCAGGAAAACGCCGAUGCUGUGCGCAAACUCAUCAUUGAAGAUAGACAUGUGACAUAUCGCGAGAUUGAGGCAGCAGCUGCCAGGGUUAAUUGGUGUCAAAGAACGCUUGACCGUUUCAAUUCCGGAAACUCAAAAAAUGUGUACAGAAUUAGUGGUGAUGAAUCGUGGAUUUACUGUGAAGAAAAGCCAACAAAAGUCGUCCGUUCUCGAAGUGUUUCGAAAAAGAUGGUUGCGACAUUUGUGUCAAAAGCGGGUCAUAUUGCAACAAUUCCUCUUAAUGAGCAAAGAACUGUUACUGCGGAUUCGUAUAUUUGUUUGCCAAAAAUCAUCGCCGAGCUUCGAAAAAUCAACCCUGAAAGAAGAAUCAUCCUCCACCAAGACAAUGCAAGCUCGCACACAGCCCAACCACAAGGCAUAGCAGUUGACGCAUUCAAAAAUGCCGUUUUGGAUCUGCCAGCAAACGAGUGGAAUAAGUGCUUCGAAAAUUGGUUCGAGCGCAUGCAGAUGAUCGACCAUAAGCAUGCCCAUCCAAACGUGGUCGAAGCAGAUAUGGCCCGAUGA